ACCCAGAUACCUUCUUGACUGCAACCUCAAUAUCUUACACUUGAUUCUUCUGGUCUUGGAUCACCCGGAUCAGAGACGCGAUUCCAAUACUUACACCCAAAUCUAUCCGAGGAGCUGUAAGGACAAUCUUUGCGCGCGCAUUGCCUACGGAGCACAGCAGCAACCAAGCUAGGACAGGUUAACCAGCGCCAUCUUCUUGUAUCCCUCCUCGCGCACACGAAUCCAACCUCGCGCACUUUUUUCCGCCGCAAUCGCCACCUCAACAACCUCAACAACCUCAACCCAAAGAAACCACUCUACAAACCCAACCAAAAUGUCCGAACCAGGCCCCGAAUCCGUCCCCACAAGCGCCGACCGCCGCAGCAACCGCCCCCUAAAACGCCGCGCCCUCAACACCCCCCUCUCCGAACAAGCCACCCAAAUCUCCUCCCUCUUCCGCGAACCCUCCAAAGAACUCAAACUCCCCGAAGCCACGCGCCAAAAGACCGCGACCAACUUACCCCCUCCUCCCGAAAUCGUCGCGAACGUCCAAGGAUCGUCGGCUGGUGCGGGGUCUGGCGAGUUCCAUGUGUACAAGGCGAGUCGGAGGAGGGAGUAUGAGAGGUUGAGGCUGAUGCAGAGUGAGGUUGAUCGGGAGAAGGGGGAUGAGGAGUGGGAGAUGGAGAGGGAGGAGACGAGGAGGAGGGAUGAGGAGAAGACGGAGAAGAAUCGGAAGAGGAGGGAGAAGAGGAAUGCGGCGAAGAAGAAGAGUAAUGGGAAGAAGGCUGGCGCUGGGGCGAAUGGGAAUGGGAAUGGUGAUGAGAAGGGUGACGGGAUGGCUGUCGAUGAGACUGGGGUGGAUGCUCAUGCUGGUGCUCAUGGGGUAGGUGUUGUGGAGGAGACGCCGGGUGUUAUUAUCCAUGAUGAUUGAACUCUACGGUGUCAUGGAGAGUGUACGAUGAAGAUACCCAUGUAAAAUUGUUUUAGUCUAGGAUAUUCAUACAACUCAAAUCGUUGUUGAUUAUUAUGUACGCAUUUUCCUUCCAACUUCUAAUGCUUUUAAUCGUCACCACCACCGACACCAACACCCGCCUGCUGUGCGGACUUGCCGCUGCAAAUAUCAUCGACACGGAGGAGUAGGCAUGCAGACUAGUACCAGUUAGUAAAGCACAACAUUCGGUUCCGGGGAAGGUCUUACCUCGACAGCCGUCUUGAUACUCUGCAUCUUCACAGCCUCGGGUUCCCAGACACCGUAUUCCUGCAUGUCCACCAAGUUACCC